AUGUGGCACGAAGCCCGACGGCAGGAGAAAAUCCUGCGUACGACGAUGAUCGAUCAGUCAAAAAGAGCUGAAAGAAAACGGAGAUACUUUGAGAAUGUGAGAAAAGAUCCAGAACAAUUCAUGCAAAUUCACGGGCGAAAAGCACAAGUUCAUGCUGAUUUAGGGAUCGCUCGGGCAGCUGAAGACUCCAAUAUUCUGCGGCCAUGGCAAGGGGAUUCGUCAAUUACAAUCGACAGAUUUGAUGUUCGAUCACAUCUUUCUAAAAUGGAUUUAAUGGAUGAUGACGAUAUUAUUCCAAAAAAGAAACAAGAAAUCGUUGAUGAGAAAGAGCAGAUUGUAACUGAUUUUGAACGCUAUCGUGUGCUAAUCAUCAAUGACUACAAAGGCGUGUCAGAGAAAAGUUACCUGAAAAAGAUAGCUGAUCGUGAAUUUUGGUACGCUGAAAAAGAACAUUCGAAAAAGUUAGAAGCUGAAAAGAAGAAGAAAUCAGCCGAGAAAAAAUCUAUGAUUGGGUUCAGUUACGAAGAUUCAGAAGUUGUUAAAGGCGGAAAAACGGACAAAGGAAACUCGGAUGAAGAAAGCGAAGAUGAAGAAAUAGAUGACAUGCAAGAUUUAGACGUCGACCUUGACACAUCAGUUUUGACUCCGGAGACACAACGAACAGUGAAUAAAAGUGGAGAAGAGUUCGGAGUUAGACGCGGUCUUUUCUGCGCUCUUCUUAAGGCAGAUCAGCAAGCGUUACGCGACGCUGCACAACUCAAACAGAUUGAUCGACAAAAAGCGCAGCUCUCUGGCCGGGAAUCAAAACAUGAGCGAAUGCUCCUUCGUCAGCAACGUCAAGCAAUUGUCGGAAAGAAAGGAAUGGUUGUUUCUGAAAACGGCGCCACUGCCACUCUCUUGGGAUUCAUCAAUCAAAGUCAGAAAAAAUCGAAAAUCGAUGAGAUGAUAAAAGAUAUGGAAGGGAGUGAUAAUGACGACGAUCGCCGUGCCAAAGCGGAAUUUAUCACCACGUUUGGAGGAGGAGCAGAUCGUGAUAGUGAUGAUGAAGUUAAAAAAGAAACUGUUGGACCGGAACUUCCAUCGGAAGAGUAUCGAAAAAUUCUAAAACUUUCACAAAAUCGUCGAAAAGAUGAUGAUGAUAAAGUUGAUUGGGAAGUCGGUCAAGAACUAGAUCACCUCCGAGAAGAAGCAGGUCGAGAUCCAGAGAUCGUUAUAGACGUCGAAGAAGUGGAUCCAGACGGAGAAGUACAUCCAGAAACAGAAGAAGUUCUAGAGACCGUAAAAGAAGUCGUUCACGUGAUCGUCGUAGAAGCUCCAGAGAUAGAAAGCGUAGCCGAUCGAACGAUCGAAAGUAUGAGUCCACGAGAAGGCGUUAUAAAAGCCGAAGCACGAGUAGAAGACGUCACAGAAGUCGAAGUUCCAGCAGAAAACGUCAAAGAAGCCGAAGCAACAGUCGGAAACGGCAACGAUCCAAUGAACGUCAUCGUGAUCGAUCAAGAGAAGACAGAAGUGAAAGAAAAAGACGAUCAGGAAGUAAGGGAAAAAGCGAGAGCGUGA